GUGGCGUACGCGAAACGGCAUCGCACUCUCUGUCCGCGAUCACGGGGACGAGAAGUUUGACCCCGUUAAGUCGGUUUCGCGUCUCUGACACCUGUUGAGUACAGUUGUAAUACGCGACCGCGGCGUGUAUUCGGCAGGUAAUUAUUAUUGUAUCCGCUCAUUACUCGUGUGCGCGCGUUCGUGUCGUACAGUACGACGGCAUAAAUAAAUAAAUAAAAAAAAAAAAACUAUCAUCAUAACAUCGUUUGUAAAUAACAUAUAAAUAUAGAGAGGACGAUAUUGUAUUUUAUAUUCGCGACGACGAUGUCGAGUGUGUGGCCGUCAUGUGUAUAGUUGCGGAUCGAGUGCACUGUUGUUGGAUAUUGUCGUGUCGUGUUUUUUUAAAAAUAAUUUCUCAAAAACCACUAGUCCACUGCAAUAAUUGAUAAUAUAAAAUAAUUUUGAUUUUAUAUGACAUUAUCGUGCGUGCUCGUGUCAUGUCAUAUAAUUAAUGUGCAUCAAAAAACGCGCCGUUUCGCAGCUCUGUUACCGAAUAUAAUAGUUUGUUUCAACCCCUACGUAAUAUAAUAUUCGCCGUCGGUCCGGUCCAGUGCAGUUCGGCGGAGUUAAAAAUCGCGAAAUAAUUUCGUAAACGCGACCACUUAUUGGUUUCCGGACACCCCAACGUCGGCUUGUAAUAUAAUAUUGUACACACUGGUCGAACAAGCAGCAACAAAAAAUGCCUCGAGACGGAGCCAAAGGCAAACACCAAUUUAAACGGCGAUUCAGUCUACAGCCAUCAUCGUUUUUCCGCGAUGAUUCAUUGUCGUCAAGCCACUCGUUAACUAGCGGUAGCGUUGAGGGCGGUCACGACCAGCUGCAACCACCAUCGUCGUCGUCCGACCCCACCGACGUAACGCGACACAAGAUCGUAGUGAUGGGUGCAGCGCGAGUAGGCAAGUCGUCGCUGAUCACACAGUUCCUGUACCGGAAGUUUUCGUCCAAGUACAAGCGGACUGUGGAAGAAAUGCACCAUGGCCAGUUCACGGUGGAGGGCGUGAAGAUCGACUUGGAUAUACUGGACACUUCCGGCGCAUACGAGUUUCCCGCCAUGCGCGCCCUGUCCAUUUCGUCGGCAGAUGCUUUCGUGUUGGUCUACUCUGUCACCGACCCUGAUUCGUUCCAACAAGCAGCCGCCAUCAGAGACCAAAUCAUCGAGACCAAGCACACGGCAGAUGUACCGAUCGUCGUGGUGGGCAAUAAGCUCGACUUGGCUAAUUCCGACCGAAAGGUACCGUACGAGGAGACGUCUUGUCUGGUGGAAGUGGACUGGGAAAACGGUUUCGUGGAAACGUCUGCAAAGGACAACAUAAACGUGGGUGAAGUUUUCAAGGAACUAUUGAACCAGGCGAAGAUCAAGUAUGACCUAGGACCGUCGUUGCGGCGGAACUCGGCGCGAAGACAAUCAUUGCCGUCCGGCGGCGGUUCGAGCCAGGGGUCGAUGGUGCCCACGCCGGCGCAACUUGCGCACCUGCAGAAAAAGGCGAGCGGCAAAGACGAUGGCGGUGGCGGCGGCGGCGGCGGUGGAGGCGGUGGUAGAUCGAAACGCAACUCGUGUUCGAUAUCAUAAAAAUAAAAUUAAAAAUAAAAACAAAAACAUCAAACGAAAAAUAAUACCUACCACUGCUAUGUACAGGGUGUGUAGGAAUAUUCGCAUAUGUCUAACUACGAUUGCGCAUUCUACAAAUACUCAUAUACCACUACCAUCAAAUACAUACAUAAUUAUUAAUUAUAUAUCUAUGAUUCCGAUUACAAUUACUAAUUACUACUAUUACCAUUACUAUACUUCUGACUGUACAUACUUCUACUUAUAGGUACUACUGCUGAUGCUCCUGGUGCUCCUGACAAUGGCGGUCAAAUAAUUUUGUCAUGGGGGGGAUGUGACAUAAAAAAUAAAACAAAAUUUAAUACAUUAACAUUAUAGUACAAUAUACAUAAAUUUAAUUGUUAUAAAUAUUAAUGAAAAAGCCAUGGGAGAAUCUAUCCCUUCACCUCCCCCCCCCCCGUUUGACCACCACUGGCUCCUGGGAUAAUUAGCUAUAGUUACUAAUAGCGGCGUAAACACGCCUCGCCACGUUGAAAUUUUAAAUAAAUGAAAAUUUUUGGAUAAUAUUUUAAACGAACGUGGAAAAAAACUAAAUAAAAAAAAAAAACACAUGAAAUGAAUACGACGUAGGCACCAAAAUUAGGAAAGUUCAUCGUAUAGAUGGUAAUAACUGCAUGUCGAUUGUCGGUAUCCCUAUACACAUUUAAACAAUAUUGCGUAUACAGUAUUUUAUUAGUAUUCUAACUACACCGUUGCAGAUGGAUAUUUUUCCGUUGUUAUACUUGACGUUUUACUUGGCUUAUUUAAAUUAAUUAUAAAUAUCAUAUACCUAACUCGUUCGACUUAUUAUAGACUAUUUAACCGUUUUAAAUAUUUAUGAUUUAUUUAAUAUAGUAAAUAUCUUAUAUGUUAGCUGUGUAAUAUAUCAUAUUUAUAACUAAUUCAAGGGCGAGGAGUGUUAAGGAGUCUAGUACCAUUUGUAUAUAAACGAAACCCAUAUUACACCUAAGUACGGGAAAGAAUAAGAUAAUUCGCGGUUCGUGUUAACGGCGAUAGGAAUACACAAUAUCAAUAGAAAUUAGACACCCACGUGUCUUCAAUUUUUCCUAUAGAUCGAAAGAUUAACACGAAAAACAUAUAAUAUGUGUAUAACUAUAAACGUUGGUCGGCUAGCGGGUAUAAACUACCUGUAAAAUCUCUCUCUCUCUCUCUAAACGACAUUUCAUCUGGGUUUAUACACGUAUAUAUAAUAUAUAUAAAGUAUACACAUUGUAUUGUUCAAACUUCGUUUGCGGCUACACCACGAGUCUGAGCACACAUAGCGAACUCGCAAUAGCUUCCGGAUUGUUGUGUAGAGAGAAAGAAAGAGAGAGAGAGAGAGAGAGAGAGAGAGAGAGAGGGAAAAAGAAAAAAGGAAAUUCUCUUUAUCUCAUCCGCGCAGAUGGUUUUUACGUGUACGCAGACUUACCUGAAAAGGAUUUCCUGUCUGAAAGUUUUCAGAGUUAACACGACUUGUAAACUGUAAAUUGGUCUUAAAAUCGGCACGAUUGUAGCUUCUGUAGCGUCGUCACUCUAUCGAGUCGGCAAAUUUCAUUUACGUAUAUAUAUAUAAUAUUAUAUACACCAUGUCGGCAGGAAGGUUUUAACGCACCUCCGCUGCGUUCGUCCUCGUCGACAACCGUUACUGUUUCGUGUUGGAGUUACAUUAAUCUAUGUGUAAUUUGUUUUCAAUGUUCUAAAAAUAUACGAUAUGGAUACGUUAUAUAACCCUGUAUUUUUAAGAAAAUUUAAAAGUCGAUUUAAUAAUACAAUUUCCGUACUACACUAGUUUUCUAUAGAAUGCUGAAUGAUGAAUUUUUAAUAUCAAUAAUAAUAUUGUAUUAUACUAUAUACACAUUUGUCUAAAAUUUAAAAAAUAGGCAAUUAUUUUAAUGAUUCCCAAUGAAAAUUUAAAAUUACCAUAAUUCAACUAUAUAUUGUUAUUGGGCGGUCGGUGGUAGGUAACAUUAUAUAGAGAGAAAAAUAACUUUAACCAAUUAAAUUAAAUGUUAUUGAAAAUGUUUGGUUCGAAUGCUCGAUAAAGUACCAAAAGUUUAAAUGACUAUUGAGCGUUAUUGUGCAUUAAAGAUGACGUUGCAAUCAUUUACUCUGUUAUUAUUAAACUGGUAGAUAACGAUAUUGGCUGUAUUUUUUUGCUAUUUUAAUUUUAAAGUAAAUUUUAACUUAUAAGACAGAGACAACAGAUACAGGAAUAACUCUUAAAGUCCUCUUAAAAGGACGCCUCGCCCGCGUAUGUUUUCUCCGUCUUAAAAGUCUUACAGGCGUACAACAAAGUACACUUAUCGUUCAUAAUGAUUCACUUUACUCUGUUAUUUUUAAAUUUAUCAUGAAUUGACUUAUUAUAAAAUUUGAAGACAAGAUUAUUAUUUAGGAUACCUCGGAAGCUUUUAUUAAUAUUUUAAUUUUUAAUCAAGUUCUGAUUAUUUUACCAAAAUUUACCAUAGCUGUGGCGUCAAAAGUCUUAUCUAUAUGUUUUAUUGGUUGUGAUAUACUUCUGUGUGAAUAUGCAUGUAAUUAACAUAAUAAUAUAUUUAUUGUUGGAUGUAUGUAAACUAAUAAUUACAUUAAAAUCUAUGACUCCAACUCGUUUUUUUUUUUUAAAGGUGGGUAAAAUAAUGAGAAUAAUGCCAAUAAUGCCACUAAAUGUAUGGUGUAAAUCUAUGUACACUGUUGAGGUACACAAUAUAUUUAGAAUUCUGAAACAAAUUAAAAUUCGAUAUUUCUAUAGAGUGCCAUCGUAUCUGUCCUCGUUUUCUCACCUACUUUAUUUACUUAUCAAAACAAUGUACUUCCUAAAAAUAAUCUCAAGUGUAUUAAUACUUGAAUAGGUACUGCGAUGAAAAUAGCUAAUUUGUCAACUUUUAAAAUACAAAAUUGGCUUUGCUAAGCUAUUUAGAUUUUUAAAUUAUUAUUAUUUACAUAGCUUUUAUUUCGAGCUUAAGUAAACCAAAGACUAUACAAUCUAAACAUGAACCUUAUAAUGUGUACUUGUGGCUCUAAAACACGCAAUAAUUAUUGAAAAUUAUAUUUCACAGUGAUAUAUUGAUAAAAUAAUUUUUAAUGAUAAAAACAAAUACUGUGGAGGCGAAUGGCGAUAGACCCUUUGUACAAAGAACAGCCAUACCAAGUUUCCAUCAAAAAUGUACCUUUCCCUUUUCCACCAAUACCCAUCUCGACAAAUAAGAUAUUAACUAAUUCCUGUUUCCACCGUAAAAUCUUUAUACCGCCGA